AUAAACAAGCGAGGUUCGUGCAUCAACUGUUUUACGUUUCAAGAGACUCUUGUUUCGCUUCAGUAUUUAUAUUAUGGGAAAUCACGCUAUUUUCGAUUCAGCUGUCCCGUGAUCUUUAGUAAGCACUAGUUAUGGAUGAGGACACUGACGAGGUACAGACUGGGGCCCAUAACCUUCAACAGAUCCAGCGACAGAUCCACGAGCUGGUGGAUGUACUGGACAGUAACGUCCAGUUGUUGAUGAAUCGCCACGGCAAUGUAGAGGAACUGGAGAAACUGUCAGAGCAGCUGAAGGAGAAGGCCGGUGAAUUUCAAGUUAUCACAAGGAGAAUGAAAUACAAGCAAGUGGUCCGGAACAAUAGGUGGGCCCUGAGUAUUGGGCUGGUGGUGCUGGUGGUGGUGCUCAUAUUGGCCGGUGUCAUCAUCUCGGUGGUGUAUAACGAUCGUAAUUAAGGUCGUGCCCAAUUUUAAAGUACAUGUUUAUUGAUCUCCUUUAGAAGAAGAGUUCUGUAAAAAAGUUACAGGAAAUACUCAAAUACUCAGAGGAUUUAAAAGCUUAAAUAUAUAUUUCUUUACUUAAUGAUAGUUUAUAGCCAAACAAAUCACAUCGAAGAGUUAAGGUAGAUCUGCUGAGUAAUUUGUUGGCCCCCCAGCCUCCUGAAGGAACCCAAUCUGAAGCCAGUGUCCGCACGGUCAGUUACCGUGUACCAUCUACAAUGUACAUGCAAUUAUAUACUAUAUUUGAAAGAGUUAUUAUCUCUUUUGGUUAACCUGAACCAAUAAUCUGUUAUCCCUUCUUCAUGAAUGUACAUGUACCAAUUAUUGUCAUCUAUUAUUUAUAUUGUAAUUUGUACAUAAUGUAUAUAAGUAUUUUCACUACAUUGUAAAUUCAGUUGUGAGAAUAAAGUUCAAGUGUCAUUGCAUACUGUGUAUGUGUAAGAGAGAAUUUAUGUUUGUGUUUUGUUGUAUAUUUAACCAUUUAACUGUACAUUUAUGUAGAUGAGAUGAUCAUGUCUACAAUUUGUAACUUAAAAGGAUUACAGAGGUGCAACUGAUUAUACAUGUAUUUAUAAAUGAACAUAUUCUUAUUUAAUUCCAUUAUCAUUUUUCGAUUUUUGUUAAUACUAUAUUGGGCAUUAAUGUUUAGAGGAUGCAUUGUAUUUUUUUUAAUGUAAAUACCUCCAGUUUAUGUCAUGAUUUGAAUCUCACCAAAAGUAUAUUAACGUUGUUCGUAUCAAUGAAAUACAGAUAUUACUCUAUUUAAAUGAACAUGCACCUGUGUAGCUUACUUAUUUUAAUUUAUGCAUGUAAUAAAAUAAAUUCUUAUAUCAUU